AUGGCUAAGGCCAAAUGGUUUGCCGCUGCACUCGGUGAAGACAACUUCGCCGACAACACAGGGUGGCUGCAGAGGUUUAAGAACCGCCAUAGGAUAGCUGGCAAAACCAUUUCUGGCGAAAGCGGAGCCGUCAUCAGCGAGGAUAUCCAGCAGUGGAUUUCGAAGAAAUGGCCAGAAAUUCGCGCGAAGUUUUCUCCCGCGGAAAUCUUCAACACCGACGAGACCGGGUUGUUUUGGCAGAUGAUACCCAGCAAGACGCUCGACGUCCGGGGCAGCACGUGUCACGGGGGCAAGAUGAGAAAAUUCCGCGUGAGCGUUCUGCUCGCAGCUAACAUGGAUGGCUCUCGAAAACUUCAGUCGUUUGUGAUCGGCAAAGCAAGGGCACCGCGCUGCUUCAAAAACUGUAAGCAGCUCCCCGUCCGCUACGCCUUCAAUAAGAAGGCGUGGAUGACGCGUCAGCUGUUUAUGGAAUGGCUGCAAGCAUGGGACGCCGAACUGGGCAAGUCGGGGCGUCACGCUUGCCUUCUCGUUGAUAACUGGUCGGCCCAUCACACCACCUGCGAGCUCGAAAACAUCGAGCUCAAGUUUCCGCCUGCGAAUACGACAGCGAAGUUGCAGCCGCUCGACCAGGGCAUCAUUAAGUCUUUCAAGGUCGGUUACAGGACGCGACUCAUUGAUAGGCUCUUGGUGAACCUCCGCAUGGGCACCGAGCUUAAGGUUGAUCUGCUGGGGGCCAUUCAAAUGAUGACGGGCGCCUGGAGAGAUGUGAAGCUGGAUACUGUGGUCAACUGCUUCCGGAAGUUGGAAGUGUCUGCUGACGAUUUUGUGGACUUUGUGGACAGCAAUGUUCAGGAUGUUGCUAGCCUCGCCGACGAGGACAUUGUAGCUGCAGUCGCAGGGACCCAGGCCGACAGCUCGAGUGGCGACGAAGAUCGUCCUGACGAGGGGGCUGCUACACGCUCGUACUCCACCACUGAAGUGGCGGCCGCGUUCAGCUUGAUUCGCCGUUGUUGCAGCGAGAUGGAAGGAACCGGGCUUCCGCACCUGAACAGCCUCGAUAGGAUCGAGGAGGUUGUGACCAAGUACUGCACCAGUGUGGCCAAUCCUGUUCUGGUGAAGGAGUGCGUUACCGGUUCUGGUCACCAGGAUCAGGCCACACUCCAGGCCAAACGACGCUCUAAGCUUGCGCAUGCUGCUCUUGGCAGCGCGUGCUCGUGA